CGCGAGAUCCCGCACAGUUAGAGAUCUUCGCCGUCGCCACUUGAUCUUUCGAGAUUUUCCUUCAGUUCGAACCGGGCAUCCCAAGAAGAUUGGUGACUCGCGAUCGUGCACGCACUGCUUCCUUUCCAUCGUACGAGAACUCAAACUCGGUCAAGUGUCCAACCGCGACAUUACGAAAGAGCCACCACAGCGAAACUUCAGAAGAGGAAGUUCUGAAGAUCCCAGCGAGCAAAUGGGCGACUACCGACUGGAAAUUAUCCACAUCCUACUCUGUCUGGCGUUCGAGGUGUUCACGUACUUUGUGCUGUGCUUCAAUCUGAUUCGAACCCACCUCGCCCAGCAGGAACAGCAGGAGGUCGGACGAUCGGUUCUGAUGCGGCUCUAAUUGCGAUCAUCGCCCGCUUCGAAAUCGAUUCUGACAGGCAGCUAGAGAACGGCGUGGUUGUGCGAGUUGGAGUAUCCAUCAUGCAUUUGUCAUCAACGCAAUGCAAAGCGCGUGUGUGCCUAAUUGUCUACUAUACCAAAGUGCAAGAAAUAUAGUAUAGUAGUGUGGUCGCCACCAGAUCUACGAUGAGCAAGUCGCCGCCAGUCAGUGAAUCGUCACAGCGAAAUAAAAGUGAAACUAAUUAUUAAUUGAUUGUGUUGCGAGAGAGAAGAUUUAUAGCCUCGCGAUAAGGGGAAACCAUCGAGCAGAAGACAUGAAGAAACAUUAUAGUGUUGAAGUCGCCGGCAAGUACGGUCGAUCGUCGUCCAACAUACUGGACAAGAUCACCAAACGUUAUUCGGCGAUCGGCAGUCGACUGAUGCGAAAGUCCCCGGGUAGGAAGAGCGGAGUUGCCGACCCGAUCACCGGAAGUUACGACAUGACCGGUGGUCGAUUCGACGAUUUCCGACCGGAAAUCGGAAUUCCAAUUCUGAUCUCCAAAACUACUAAGUUCGAUUUUGACUCGGACCUACCCAUCGAUCAACACCAGCAGCAGCAACAGGAGCAAGAACAACAACAACAACAACAACAGUCAACGCCACGUCCCUCGCGAUCGCCGGUGCCGGUGUCUGUCAUCGCCAGAUCUACCUCCGAUGACAGCGAAAACGACAUCUUCGUCGAUGCCAACAGUUCGCUGCCAAACUUCAGUGACAUCAAGUUCACUUUCCUCCCGGAAAGCAACAACAACUACAGUACCUAUCUGGAUGAAAACGACAAAGAGAACCAAGCCAAUUUGCAGAGGAUCCGUUCCAAGUCCGCUCACAACUUGCACCAGCCGGAACUUCGCCUAUGCAUCGAAAAAACCACCUCCCUGAAUCUGUCCGGACUGAGCAACGGCAAACUGACUGCAGCUAGCUCCAUCACUGUUCCGAACAGUCCGGCCGUGGAUAGCAUUUAUGACUUUCCUCGCAGUACCAAAGUUGGUGACUCAACCUACGAUCUCGAGCAUGCAAACCUCAUUUUGAACGAGAUCAACCUAUCGCUGGUGAGCGACGGGGAUACAACCCACCUGUACCACAAUCUUCCCAACGGCAGCCACGUUACCACGUCAAAUGGCGUCCUCCACAACGCUGCCUUCGACUAUUCGGGCAGCAACCGAAGCUUCCAGUCCAACAGUACCCAGGAGGAAGAGUUCGACCUCAAAUCGGCCAGCUUCCAGAGCUUGGACGCCCGGCACCUGUUCCUCUCGAUAGAAGAACUGGAUGAGAUCACCCGCCAAAUCAAUGAGUCCGAAAUUUUCAAGGAAACAAACAACGAGUACUGCGAGCACCGGAAUAGGCUACAUCCGACCGAGCGUCGACUCACGUUGCUGAAGAACAAAACAGCACCGAAGCAUUUCAUCGACUUCGAUAAGAAGAAAGCGAAACUGACGAAAAAGUGGAGCGGUUUCAAGCACUGGAUCGGCGAAGAGCAGGACAAGAUCAAGGAGGUGGUGCAUAAGCAUGCGGCUAUGCAGCGGGUGGGUGGGGAAGUUACCAAGCAAACGGGUGCGACGGGGAAGAGAAAUAGCAGCAGUGAAGUGGGAAGUGAGCCGGAUGCGGGAGCCUGCGUUGGGGAUAGUGAGCUAAAUCUGUCGAUGAGUGCGGUGAAUGGGGGGGAGGCGGUGAGUGAAACGGCAGAGCACGAGAACGGCCACCAGAAGAAGCAGCACAGUGCGGAGAUUUUGGAGGGCCAGAAUGGCUUCGAAGAGAUCCGCCGGUUCGUCAAACAGGGCGGCGAUUUUGGCAAGGAUCUCAUCGCAAUCCUGCAGGAGCGUACGGAGAUCGAACAGAUCUAUGCGAAAUCACUGUCGAAGAUAGCCAGCAAGCUGAACAAAGCGUGCCGCGAUUUGCCGGGUACGAUCGCCGAAUCGUGGCGAGCGGUUUCCACGGAGAUCGAAAGCCGAGGGGAGAUCCACCGGCAGUUUUCCAACUCGCUGGCCGACGAGUUGGUCAAGCCACUCAAGAGCGUCCUGGAGAACCAGCACAAGGCCCGGAAGGCGAUCGAGAACAGUGUGGACAAAUCGGCGAGGAUACUGGCCGAGUGGAGGGCUGCCGAGCUGAAGGCCAAGAAGGGCUCGCAUGCUGCAGCUCGGGAAAACGAGAAGCUGCAGGAUGCGAUGCUGGAUGUGAAACUCCAACGUUCGCCAUCGCUGGGCAUACUGCACAAAGCCAUCGACAAGGAAUCCAAAUCCUCCGAAAAGGACAGCUCCAAGCUAGACACCAAACGCAAGAAGGCCGAAGAUGCCGUCAAGAAGGCGGACGUCGAAUACUACACCCUCUGCAUCCGGGCCGAGCGAGCUCGUGUCGAUUGGGAGAUGUGCGUCCUGCGGGGCUCCUCGAUGCUCCAAUCGCUGGAAAAUCAACGGCUAAGUCACUUCAAGAACUACGUCUCCAGUUACUUCCGCCUGGCGUCCGACAUGAACCCGAUGCUGUCGAAGGUGGCCGAUCGGCUCGGUCCUCAGGUACAGUUGUGCAACGUCCAGAAGGAUUUGGACGUUCUGAAGAACAUCCGACGGGCAACGGAGGGACCGAGCGAGCAGCUUCUGCCGGACUUUUACUGUGAACACACGACGCUGGCAAUGAACAGGGAAAGGAGAAAGCAAUCGCUGGUCAAACUGCUACAGCUGAUCCGCCAGGAUCUAGACCGGGAACGAAGGUCGAGAAACAGUCUGAAGGGAUUCUCGCAAACCUUCGAACCGAAUGUAGAGGGCAAUCAGAACAUUGCGGAUAAGUUGUAUCAUAUAAGAUCAAUGCUAACAUACUUGGAGGGUGCUAGGUACAAGCUGCAGUCGGCACUGUUUGAGUUGGAUCACAAGCCUCGGUCGAGUCAUCCGCUAGCGCAGCAUAUACAGAUAACACGGGAUCGAACAGGGCUGCAGACGAGUGUGCUGAAAGUACCGCUCUGGUUGAAGAACGAAGAGGACGAGGAUGAUGGGCAGGUUUCGAGUACGAACGGAGGUGGUUCCGGGUCUGAUAUUGGUGGGGAACGCGACUGCGUUGACAUCAAGAACGACACGUUGAUCAAGCACAUGGCACAGAAGUAUGGCCGGCCGGAGGAGGAUCAUUGUAACUUGAACAAAUCCAGUAAACCGACCACCUCACCUAAUGAGCACGGUCCAUUCUGGGAUCGCGGCGUCGCGGACGGCGUGUCCAAUCAGCCAGAUUCGGACUUUGACGAAUUUUCCUCACAGGACGAGGAGGAGGAUCGAAGCGUUGCCAGUGGAAUCGAGAACAGCCAUCACCACAACGGCCACAGCAACGGUCACAGCAGCGACACUGUGGAAGACAGCGGUGCGAAUUCCGAAACCACAACGUCGGGGACACCGUCGGUCAUCGUCGGUCGCUGCCGGGCCCUGUUCAACUACACACCAAAGCUUUACGAUGAACUCGAACUUCAACCGGGUGACAUCCUAGAUAUUCACAUCAAGCAGGAAGACGGCUGGUGGCUGGGAGCGCUGCGCGGCCAGGUGGGCAUUUUUCCCGCAACCUACGUGGAGGAGAUCGCUUAGGGCAUUUUGUUUGAAAUUAUUCUGUACAUAUUUUACGAAUUAGGUGCGGAGAGUUUGCGCGUGUGUGAAUGUUAGAGAAUCAAUUCAAUACUGUUGGAUUGCAUCGAAUAUUUUAGUAUUUUGAGCAUUAAUUCGUGGAAGCAACGUUUUUAAUACCGAAGACUAACGUGAAUGGAAGGUUUUUUUUUAUUACUGGGGAGGAACGACACAGAAGUUUUUCGGAAAUUAUGAAACUGAAAAAGGCUUCUGUGAAAAUUCAUCCACCAUGCUGAAAAGAAAACCCUAAUUGUUGAGUAAUUUAUUGCUAAUUUGAAAUGAGAGAAAUUGUUUUUAAUAAAAAUCUUCCCCGACCCUCAAGUGAGAUGAGCAAUAAUAACCCCAAAAGCAAUAUAGUAAAUUCAGUGGAUCAGAAGAAUGAGCGCUCGCGUGUAAAUAAAGUAAUACCUAGUUUCGGAUGCAAAUUAAAGAACCAACAGCGAAAGCUUUUUGUUUGUAUUGAUCCGUAUUUAAUAGAUUUUUGGAAAGAUUUUUAAAAGCUAUCUAUAUACAAAAAUAUAAAAUUUGUCGUUAUACUAC